UGUGUAAUCAAUAUAGGAGAAAAACCAGCCACCAAAUCAAUUUUAUGUGUGAGUGUGUGUGUGUGUGUAUAUGUGUAAUAUAUUCCACGGACGAAGAGAGCCGAGAGUAGAUUGUGAAAAAAAGGAACAAGAGAGAGAGAAAAGCAAGCAUAAUCACACAUCAAAUAGAAUCUCAUCUAACGGAGUACGUGCAGUGUGUACUACAGUUGCUGUUUUUUCGCCCAAACGUUCGUAGGUCAAAGAGGCACGGAUUCGUGGUCCUUUUUUACCAAAAACGCAAAUCAUCAUUCUGGGCAUUAGGAGUGAGAGAGAUUUGGAAAUCUUCUAAUUGGUGUGUGUAUUAUUUAACAAAGAAACGAAAAAAAGAAACUUUUUUCAAGAGAAAUUUUCGUGUUUUUGGGUUAUUGUGUGUUUCACUUAUGGAAAUUGUGUGCUAAAAAUUUUUGUGCGUUCCAUAAAACAGAGACCCAAAUUCUCAUCUGUUAACCGAAAACCAUUGUGUGCAAACACGGUGCAGACUGAAGCAUACACAUAAGUAUAUGUGGCAUUGCAAAUUGUAUGUGACUCGAUAGCGCGCGCGGUUGUUUCUGACCAAACAACUAACCGUGUUGGAAUACACCUAAUUGCCAUAGAUUUGAAUUGAGCAACGAUUUAGUUGAUUUGCUGUUGUUGCUGCUGCAACAGCACUUGAUAAAUUGAGGUAGAGAAAAUAAAAUACACAUAUAUGAACGAAAAAAAAACGAAGUAAAAACGAGAAUCCAGAAGCGGCACAGAACACAGAUAGAGAGAGAAAUAACAAAUAAAAAUUAAUAAAAACAAAUAAAUUUCAACAAAAUUGGAGCACGUCACAUUUGGUCGUUGGCGAUGUACAUCUGAAUUUAUUGUGGACACCCGUUUGUUAGCUGAAGUGAGGUUGUUUUUUCUCUCCUAGUUAAGUUUUAGAUUCGAAAUCGACAGUUGAACAAAAAAUAGAAGAAAAUCGACCCAAAAAAAUAAAAUCGAAAAAGACAAAUCGAGUGGAUAGAUUUGUUUGUUUUUUGCCAUUAGUGUGGCAUAGUGACCAUAAAUUCUCGAGUUUCAACUACACUACGCAAGGCGUUGAUCGAUUUGGAUAGAAAAACUGAAAAGAAAACGAACUAAAGAAAGAAGCGAAAAUAAGAACGAAUUGAAAAAAAUAGAGUCGAAAAAGAUGGGUUUGUCCGGAUGCUGUUGCUUGGUCAAAUAUCUUUUGAUCUUGAUAAACUUCGUGUUUUGGGCGGCUGGAAUCGCUGCAUUCACCCUCUUCGGAUGGAUGUUGACCGAUACAUCACUACUGGUGUCGCUUACCCAAGGGAAAAGUGAUGUGUACAUUGGCUUGUUGGUAUUCGUUGGCGUGGCCACGCUCGUUAUCAUCAUUGCUUUCUUGGGAUGCUGCGGCGCAUUAAAGGAAUCGCAAUGCAUGUUGGUCUCGUUCUUCUGCUUCUUGCUGGUUGUAUUGGUGGCCGAGAUUGCGACCGGCGUUUAUGCAUACCUCAAUCAAGAUCAACUCCUGAAGAUAGUACGUACCAGCGUCAAACACUCCAUUCAAGAAGACUACAGUGUCAACAAUAUUCAAACGCAAGCCUUCGAUGCAUUCCAAAAACAUCUCGAAUGUUGCGGUGCUGAAGGACCAAAGGAUUGGCAAACCAGUAAAUUCAACAACAACACCAAGGCAUUGAAUUUGGAUGUAUCGAGUCCGCCGGAAACGUUUAUCAUUCCACAAUCUUGCUGCAAAGCAAACAUCUCGGAAGCCAUCUGCAAAAAAGAAACACGAAUUCCAAUUGGUGCAUCGAAAAUAGAGUCACAGUCGAUUCACUUAAAGGGAUGCUCGGAAAAACUGGUACAAGAGGCGCAAAACCAUUUGCUAAUCAUUUUAGCGAUAAUCGCUGGUAUUUUAGUGUUUGAAAUAUUUGCACUGAUGAUAUCGCUAUGCCUAUGCUGCGCUGUCGGUGACAGAGAAGACGAUUAUAAAUCUUAAAUGAGACCAGCUACCAACAACCGAGCAAAAUCAAUAGGAAAUCGUAAUGUUGGUACUGUGUUACGAUUUCAUUCGUCAAGGCAUCGAUCCACAUAUUUAAAUUCAGCCCAUUAUUAAAUUCAAAACUAUGUGACACAUUACUGCAUUUUCUGUUUUCCAAAAUUGAAGCAAAACAAAAAAAAUAACUGAAAAACACUCUGUUUUUCUUUCGCAUGAUUAUUCCAUUUUAUUCAAAAAGAAUGCAAAAACAAAAUUAAAAGAAAAAAACCCAUAAGUAGUCAUUUGAUGUAAGAAAAUUAAAAGAUAAAAAUGAGACAAAAAAAAAAUAGAAAAGAUGAAAGCAAACACGAGACGAAACAAACACUUUAAGACUUGAAACCGUCGUCAAAAUCGAACGAGAACAUUUGAACGAGAUAGAAAACUCAGCUUCAAAAUCAUAAGCAUACACACUCACAACCCACACACAAACAAACAAACAAGCGACGGUUCGAUUUUUAAAUGUUUUGUGCCAAAGAUAUUUACAUUUAAAUUAAUUGUGUAUAAAGAAGAAUUAUUUGUUGUUAAUCGAGAAAAAAGAAACAAAAAAGAGAAAUCCAUUCAUUUAUCACCAAUGAAAUGCACAGAACACACACACACACUAACACACUCGUCAAGACAGCAUGGUGAACGUGAUCACGAAAGUGGAUUUCACGAAACAAAUGCAUGUGUUCCGAAAUUCGUGCAGAAUUCAAAUCGCGGCUAAUCAAAAACACAAGAAAAAAAAUGAAAAGAAGAAAUCAUCAGCUAAUAAUUUUGUCAUUGAAAAUUUUUUUAGAUUUUAAAUGUUCGUUGUGGAUAAGCUUUUUCUUUUGGAAAAAUCCCUGCCAUUCCAUACAUACCAUACCCAACAAAAGAAGGAAAAUUCAAUCAAAUCGAGUCGGGCUCGCAAGCGAAAAUGUUAAUAAACUUUUUUUUGUUAAUGAUAUUUUUUUCAAGAGAAAAGACUAUUUGAAUUAACCAAUCAAUCAAUCGAUUCUCUUCCAAUAACCAACUUUUAAAGACUUUGUUUUUUUAACCACACCCCGGUACAUUUCUUUCCUACCAACUAAGGCAUCUGUCUAUUGAUAUAAAAUAUAUUCAUAAUAAUUUGUAAGUAAACCAAAAAAAAAAUGAAAAUGUUUUUGCAUCGUUUUUUCUCUCAAUCCCUCUCCCAUCUCUCCCACAUUGAAACAAGUGUACCCACAUCGAGAUAUGUUCGUUUUUUGAAAGAUAAUGGGAAUGAGAGCAGCGGAGAAGCGGCUAAUGCACCAGAAGUGAACAAGAAUUGAAACAAAAAUUGCAUUUUUUUAUACCUAAAUUAGAAAUGAAACACAUUUUCUUCGAUCUGUUAUUUUUAGCUUUGUAGCGAUAAGUUUUUUUUUCUGUUCUUUUUUUCUCUCUCCUCUACUUCAUUUGAGCGAAUCAAUUUCCACUUUUAUCCCAUUUCGUCCUGUCAGUUGACUUCUCUGCAGAAUUUGUUUUUUUUCAUUUAGAAAAAAUAUCGAUUAAAUACAAAAGUUGAACACUGUUUUUAGUAUAAUGCUAACGUCCGCUAUGAGGUUGUCAAUGAUUAUGGUCGAUUAAAUGUUUCAUUUGGCUAUAAAUUACCAUAGGCAAACUCAAAUAGAAACGUUUUGAUUGUGUGAGUAAAACACAACCACGACGUGAAUAUUCAACAUUUUGAGCUUAAAAUUAGACGUGUCAUCGAAUUCUAGCACGAUGAAACAUUUACUCGAUGCGGAUAGAGACGAAUAUAUGUGUGCCAUCGUUCGUUCAAAUUGUCAACCACAUUCAAGUCUUGAAACCAUUUUUAAAAGAAAAACAAUCUAAUUUUAUCUAUUUAUGAAAACGAGAGAGAUAAGGGUGAAUAGAUUCAUGUUGUUACUUGGAUUAUUGCUAUUCUAUUAUAUUUAACAUUAUUAUUAUGUAAAAUGAUUACUGCAUUUGGAGGCGAAAUGAAAUUAAGAAGCAUGAAUAAUAAACAGAUCUAAAUAAAAUGAAACAGUAUUGUGUACAAAACAAUGGAUUUAUGACGAACAACAGACACUGUUGGCUCUUUUUACCUUCGGCGAUUGGAGUAACACGUAUGGCAUGAAUAGAGAACAGAAGCCGGAUGAAUAGUUUACACACAGUAUCUAUUGCAAAUAAAUGAAAAACAAAAUGACAAUUUUAGAGACACAUUUAAAUUUACAUACAUACACACAAACAAACAGAUUUGCACAUGACUCAAAUUGAAAAUAUUAUACAAACAGAUGAAGUAAUUCAAAUUGAAGAGUAUUUAAUUCGACUUUUUCUUAAGUUAAACACACUCCCCUAAUUGCAAAUGAAAUAACAACCAAUUGAUACAACUGAAUUCGUACGGCUAAUUAGAGAUCAGAAUAUAUACACCAAAAUCAGGCUUCAUUCAUUAACCACAAGAAAAACAAAAUACGAUCAGAUCGAUAGAAAAAAAAGACUAAAAAAAAUUACAAUCGAAUUAAAAAUGACUUGAACAAUUUGAACCACCUUUUAACGAUUUUAGGCAUUUUGCUUUUUUUGAUCGUAAUUUUAAAUGUGAAUAUAUGACAAAAUGAAAACAAAUAAUUCAAGUAAUUUUUACUCUAACGAUAGCAAAAAUCGAACAUCACUUUUAAAGAAGAAAACGCUUUUUUUGAAUGCAUUUUUUUCGUUCGUUCGUAGACAAAGGCAAAACAAAACAUCGACAUUUUUUUAUUCAUUCAUCAUUUUUGAUUAAGAUAUAAAUUACAAAAUUACCGUAGAAUCCAUUCGAUGCUUACAUCUCUUCAAUGUUCAAUUUUGUGUCCCAGUAGUUUUAAAACAGCCACCACUCGAAAUUCGAUUGAGGAUGAAACCUUUUCCGGACAAAAAACAACAAAAAAGUAAUCAAAUUUUUUUAGUAUGUAAUUUGUGUGUUUUAAAAAAAAGUACAAUAUCGUAAAUGAGAAUCAUGAAAUUGAAUAUAAAACAACAUGAUGGAAUGAAGCAAACAACAACAGAAAACCAUACAAAUAUUAAUAGUGAAUAAUGUCAUACAAUUAGAAAGUAUUUAAUCGACGCAGUUUUAGGAUACUUCACACGAAAAUAAAAAUUAUUAUUAUAAUGAUAUGAUAAAGCAAAUGGAUUCUGAUGCAAUAGAAACCGAUUCCAGUAUGAAAAUACAGUAGCUGCAAAAUGCUCGACAUCUACCGAGCCAAUCCAAAUGUAUGCGGAAUGUUUUAACGAAAUCAAAUCACUUCAAUAGCCGAAUUCAAAGCGAAAGUUACCAUGAAAAUGAACACAAUUACAACAAAACAUUCAAUGAUGUCUCAGCAGCUCCUAAAGCCAUUUUCACUUAUAGACGAAUCGAUUUUAGCGUUGCUACUGUAAUUUGGUUUGCUAUACGUAUUUAUUUACGAUAUCAAUUCAAUUUCAACAUUUCGUUCAAAUAGACAGAAAAACAAACCAACCAAAUUCGAUAAUAGAAAACGACUGCAAUUAAAUGGAAAAUCAGUUGACUCAUUGGUGCAACAGAACAUACACACAUUUUAUUACCAAAAUGAAAGCAUAAAGAACAUAUAUAUCUGUUAAAAUAUGUCAAAUUGAACACUUCAAAGUUCCCAAAAAACAACCUUUAACUGUAAAACUACAAACUAAAUUAAAAAUAAUAAAAAAAAUUAAAAAAACCGCACAAAA